CUUAAUUCCGUCCUCGGGCCUAGUCACUAACUAUCACCGGGAACCAGCCUAGCUCUACAAGUUCCAGGCUAUCGAUCGGCGUAGUGCAAAGGAUUCUAACACGAAAAACGUGUCAAUGAUGACAGGCACGGGAGAAAGCAUGAGGUAUAAAAGGACGCUGCCCCAGGACAUCCCUCCGUUCUCGAUCAUCCAUUCUUCACAUUUCACCUGACAGCGCAAUGAUAUUUGACUCGGCCACCAUUAAGGGUCGCGCCACUCAGGGCGCCUUCUUCAAGCGCCAGCUGUUUGGGGAACCGCCGGUUGUCUCACGGACCGACGUUGAUCUCUCGGGCAAAACCGCCAUCGUCACCGGGUCCAACACCGGUCUUGGCUUCGAGUGCAACAAGCAGCUCCUGGACCUAGGUCUGAGCAGACUCAUUAUUGCUGUGCGCAGUGAGUCGAAAGGCGAGGAAGCCAGGAAAGAGCUGCUUGCAGCGAGACGCAGCGAGACGGUCGUCAUCGAGGUAUGGAAGCUAGACCUCUCGCGCUAUGACUCCAUUCUGGCCUUUGCGGAGCGCACCAGGUCUCUCGACCGCCUGGAUAUUGUUAUCAGCAACGCAGGUGUCUUGAAGAGGAAUUUCGAGCUCAACAAAAGUACAGGCCACGAGGAGACGGUCCAGGUCAAUCACCUUUCCAAUGCCCUUCUCGCCAUCCUGUUGAUCCCCGUCCUUAAAGAGAAGAAUUCCCCCGAACACCCCGGUCGUCUGACCGUUGUGUCAUCGGAUACACCGGCCUGGGCGAAGUUCAAGGAACGAAACUUCAACCCCCUCCUGUCGGCCUUUGAUAAGAGCGAGUAUUUCGACGGGCAAGAUCGCUAUCCUACAGCCAAGCUGCUCAGCCAACUGUUUCUGAGCGAACUCGCAAAGCGCGUACCACCGUCGGUCGUUGUUAUCAACGCACCCAACCCGGGCUUAUGCAAAUCUGGCCUUGCCCGAGACUUCAAUGGCACUUUCGCGGGUUACAUCUUUAGUAUCUUUCAGUUCAUCCUCGCCCGGAAGCCUGCGGUCGGAGCCCGCGCACUCACGGAUGCAGCGGUGAAGCAUGGCGCGGAGUCCCAUGGACAGUAUAUCGAAGACGGGAAACUGGCGCCGUAAGUACCUCCGAAGAUACUAAGAAGUCACUAACUGCCUCAGGAUGGCGCCUCUUGUGUAUACGCCAGAAGGUGAGAAGAUUGCUCAGACUCUGUGGCAGGAGACGAUGGAUGAGCUUGCAUUUGCGCGAGUUGCAGAUAUUCUCCAGGACUUGAGCAAAUAGCUGGCGAUGGCAGCACGGUCACCAGCU